AUGCUUACCUCUGUCGAGAGCCAGAAUAACGCUGAGUCCGACCACUGGUUCGACGAAGUCAACCGCAAGGUCACGUCGCAGCUAGACGGACUAGGAGACGAUCCGCCCUUUUUCCUGGACAACGUCCAGGGACGCAUAUCCUCCAGCCGUGCCAGCCCCAGCCCUGAGGACCCGAUUCUCUCCUACAUGCGUUCUAACGACUGUGAUAGGGAGAAUGAGGAGCUGCGGGGCAUCAUCGACGACUUGACGCUGGACAUGCGCCGCAUGAAACGCAAACUCCGCAGAUACAAAGAAGCCAACCCGCCGCAUCUGUGCGACGACAAGCUCUUCGAGAUCCGUGUUCACCGUCUCUCGAACCGCCAGAAACGGCAGCUAGAGGGCAUUCUAGAGCGGUUUGCUGCGGAGGUAUCUGCGUCGUCGCGGUUCUCGAAGAAUAGUAGGACUUCGCGUCGUGAUGGUGCGGUGCAUGGCCAAUGGCUACUACCGCCGCCACCACCACUACCACCAGCAAUUUCGCCGGAGGAAGCGUGUAUGGCUUUAUUGGCGGUGGUGUUGGAGCAGUUGUGUUCUCCAGAAAAUUCGAAGAAACUGCCAAUGUCGACUCUUUUAAAGGAUGGUCGAGAAGGGUGGUUUGGGAUUAGUGAGGUGCUGGAGUUUGUUAAACAGGCUGCUUCGUCUGUGAAUUCGAAACCGAGCCUCGAGGCUCUGAGGAGACAUAGCAGACGGCUUGAUAUUUCUGCAGAUGGCCGUUGUGUCAAAUGGAAAGGCGCCGCAGAGGGGUCUACUGAAUCGAACAGACAAGACGUGAAUCGAAUUGAUAGCCAGGACGCCUCGAUAUCGUCAUCGUCGAGCAGCGUGUCAGACCAGGAGAUUCCUCUGGGCCUUGAUAAUUUGGACGUUGUGUCGCGAAUAAAACGGAACCCGUAUUACACGCCGUCUGUAUUUCUGAACCACGCAAACGACGCUGACGAUGAAAUGAUAUCUGUGUCCAAUAGUGACUCGGAGAGCGCAGCCCCUGCAGCCAUUGGCAAUGCACAUGCGUCUCAACCAGUGCUGCCAAAAACCCGCCAUGGUAGGACGGCGUAUUACAAAGAUGCGCCAUUUUAUAUUGAUUAUUCCCGUGACGGUAUAGACCAAGCAGAUCAAUGCAAAGCUUCGUCCAAACAGAGCAAGAAACGCCAACGCCGGCAAAAACCUAAACACAGCACAGCUGAUCGUUUUAAUGCUUACGGUACGGGGCACAACGACAAAGAGCACAAAGAACUCAGCUCUCCAGUCAUCUCACUAAACGAUGAAGAAUUAUCCCCUACCAAGGAGGGAGAUCACACCCCACAGCCCAUCGAGCUAGAAGCCUCAGGGAUUGGCGAUGUUGUUCCUGACGACAACUUCGCAGUUCAUGUCAAGGUCAAACAUACCUCUCUGAUAACCACCGGCACAACGCAACCGAGGCCUUCAGGGCAUGCAUCACUGAAUCACCUUUCACGAAAACUCACUUCUCGUCCUAAAGACAAACCUACCAACAGGACUUUUAGUUCACAUAUUAUCACAAGCACACACCAAGAUCUUGCCCCUUCUUCCCUACCGCCUCCUACUUACGGUUUCUUUUCGUCGACCGGCUCGGAGGAGGAGGAAGAAAGUACGAAUUCGGGGUUGAGCUGUAGUGGAUACGGCGUGGAUGAGCGCAAGCAUGUGUCGUCUAUACAGAGGUGGAGGACGGCGGUUGUCUCUUCACUUGAGAAUAAUAGUGAGAGUGUCAAUGUUGACAAGGGAAGUGAAGAGACGGCGUAA